AUGUCGACUACUGUUAUACAAGACGAUAGUGAAGAUGAAUUUGAAAGUGCAGACGAAGGUGAAUCAAUAUCAAUGCCUAUUGUCAAAUCCAAUCAUCCGAAUACAUCAUCUAUAAAUGAAAAUUCAUUAGAAAAACCAUCUCUUCCACCAGUAAAUGAUGGUUGGGAUGAUUGGAAUAUAAAUGAUGAACUACCUAUAGAAAAAUCCAUAAAACCAACAUAUACAACUCUUUUACAACAAGAUUCAACAUCAUCUUUAUCAUCAUCACCAUCUAAAACAGGUGGUAGUUUAUCUCAAAAUGAAUCUGAUGAAGAUGAACAAACAGAAUUAUCUGAUCAACAACGAUUACAGAAAAAAAAAUUUCGUAAAAAACCACUUGAAUCAAAUUUCAUUAAAGAUGAAUAUACGAAAAUAAAUACACGAAUCUCUCGUCCAAUUGAACGUCGUGAUGAAGAAUCAUCAUCAACAACAAUAACAAAACAUAAUGUUAAAGAUGCUCAUUAUGUAUUAGAUCGACUUGCUGUUCAAUCACCAACACGAACACCAAGUUGGCAUAAUCCAUGGAGUAAUUUUGGUUCAUUUUUAUCGACAGCAAAACAAAGUGUUUCAACAUUGACAAGUACUGUUAGUGAAGGUUUUAGUGCAGUUAUUGAAUCUGUUGAAGCUGGUCUUGGUGCACCUGAUCCUCAAGAAUUAGCAGAAAUGAAUCGAAUGGCAUUUAAAAUAAAAGGCGAAACAUCAGAUAGUGAAGAUGAACCUGAAUCAUCAAAUAUUCAAACAGAAAAAGAUGAUUCAAUUACUAAUCAAGAUGGUUGGCUUAAUGCAUUAAGUUUAGAAAAACUAACAACUACUGGUAUGAAAGUUGUCUCAGGAAGUCUUGAUGUUCUUGAAACAGUUGGUAAAAAAACAUUUGAUGUAAUUAAUGAAGCUGAUCCAGAUUUAAAAGGAACACGACGUUUAUUAAGUAAACAAAAUCGUCCAACAUUAUCCGAAAUAAUUCGUGAAGCACAAUAUGAAAAAGAAAUAAAAUCAACAUCAACAAAAAAUGAACCUGUAUCAUUUUUUCAUUUAUUUGAAAAACAUCAAGGUCUUGCUCAGUUUGAAGCACUUGAAUUAUUAUCAAAUCAAUCUGCAACGAUUCUACAAAGUAUGAAUUAUGGAAAUGAAAAAUUAUUUGAUGAAAUUUCAACAUAUUUUCAAAUAAAUGAUGAUGAUGAUGAAUUAACAUUAAAUUCUUUAACAGUAAAUGAUAAUUAUGAACAUGAUAUACCAACUUUAGAUAUUUUAUCACAAAAAUUUACUGCAUAUCAAACACAAUUACGUUCAACAGUAUCAGUUGAUAAAUUACUUGAAGUUUAUGAAUCAGCUAAUCAACUUAUUAAAGAAUGGGAAUGGAUGGAUACAGAACUUGAUCAAAAAACAUUAUUUGAUGAAGCCAUUAAUUCAUUAGCUACUCUAUGUGAAUCAAUUAUUGAAUAUUAUCAUAAAACCGCUCAAUUAUUUUUAAUGGGUUGUAAAAGUUUAACAUCAUUUUCAAUUGAUAUUGAAUUAUUAGCAAUUUAUCAAAAACAACAACGAGAUUUUUCAAAUAUGCUUGCUGGUAUACCAAAUUUAUUUGCUAAACAUAUGAAACAAUUAUCAAAUGUACCAGGAACAUCAAAUAAUCAUAAUCAUGAAAAUGAUAGAUGUGAUAUAAAAUUAAAACAAAAACUUCUUAAUCAAAUGUUUAUUCAAUCAUCUAGUUCACAAACUUAUGCAUCAGAUGCUUAUAUAUUAUUAAAACCUAUUGUUACUCAAUCAAUUUUAUAUCAUACAUCGACAACAAGAUAG